AUGGCAGCGGCCCCUUUUUACUACCGCGCCUUUCUGCGCCAGCAGCUUCACUCGCUCAGGCCCAGCAGCCGCCCGCGACACCAGCAGCGGCGAUGGAAGCACAGCAAGCCCGAGGCCGACGCCUCGGAGAAGGAAAUUCCUAUCCCAAACACGGUCCCGACUGCUGAUAUACCCUUCUGGAUGCGCCUCGGCCCCUUGACCCGUACGGUACAGGCCUACGGUCGAUCCCAGAGGAAGAGACCGUGGAUCACCCAACUCGCGACUUCUCUGACAAUAUAUUUCUUUGCCGACUUGUCAGCCCAGCGCAUUAAUGGAAAGGAGUACGAUGUGGAGAGGACUGGCCGGUCGCUGAUCAUAGGAGGCAUCUCCUCCAUUCCCAGCUUUGAAUGGUUUAUGUGGCUGUCGCGCAACUUCAACUACUCGUCGCGAGUCCUGUCCAUCGGCACCAAGAUCGUUAUCAACCAGUCGAUAUUCACGCCCUUGUUCAAUACCUACUUCUUCGGCAUGCAAGCAUUCCUGGCCGGCGAUAACUUCAUAGAGAUCUGGGAGCGCGUCAAGAGGACCGUCCCGGUUAGCAUCAUGAACUCCAUCAAGCUGUGGCCCAUCGUCACAGCCAUCAACUUCCACUAUGUUCCUUUGGAAUACCGCAGCGUCUUCGCGGGUGUCAUGGCCGUUGGGUGGCAGACAUAUCUCGCAUUCCUUAACCGGGUAGCCGAGGAGGAAGAGGCAGUCUCCAGGCCUGGCGGAAGGAUACCGCCAUCGGGGUUAAAGAUGGUGGAUUCUUAG